AUGGCGCCGACACCGCUAGGGGCGGCCGAGGAGCGACGAGGACCAGCAGCCGAGCAAGGGGACACCAUGGGCGUGGAGCUGUUCUUCGACGGCUCCGCGAUCGGCACCAGCAUCGGGCACCUGACGAUCUGGACCAACUGUGACCUGAUGAUCACAGGAUGGCACCACGACAAGCGUUGCUGUUACGAAUGGAUGCGCUCAUACCGCGAGAUCUGGAUCCGCUUCUUGGAGGUGGCGACCGACUACGGGCUGGAGCUACUUGCGCUCAGGAAGGCCAGAGCACACACCACGCGGGCAAAUCGAGAGCGCGGCAUCGUGGGCGAGCGCGAGAGGCCCGGCAACAGCGUGACGGGCACACUCGCCAAGCAAGGGGCGAAGUUGCACGACGUGGACGGGGAGAGGUUCAAGCUCUCCUGCUUC